ACUGCGCCGCCGUUGUUGCAAAGGGGGCGCGGGCUUUUUAUUGUUACCGUCGUUGCAUCAACCUUUCAGCGGCUGCAUGAACGAGGCUCUAUUGAUCAGUGCGCGGUUGCGUGGGGGCAUCGUCAUCUAAGAGGAAGCGGCGAAUCAGGGAUGAAGAAACAGUGUUUCACCUGAACGUUUGACACUCGAACGCACCACCUGCGAAAGAGACUUCCGACCAAAUGCAAUAAAAUAAACCGACAGAUCUGAUCUGUUAUUAUCUAGUCCCACUCUAGCAAGUUGUCAUCGCGUUCAUUGUCUUCAUAUGGCUUUAAUUAGCGGGACCGAAUCAGGAGAAUAGGAGUGAUAUAACACAGCCGGUCCGAGCCAUGGCAGUGAGGAUAUCGGAGCCGCUCUGUCAGCCCUGCGGUUACCAUGAAGCAUUUAAAGUGGAGUUACAGGUGAAGAGACCUCUGAUGCCUGUCCAGCUGAGUCCUGAGCAGGUGGGCCUGGAGAUGCUGUGUCUUUGUGGGCAGCUGGACCUCCUCAUCAGGGCACAGAUGCAGCAGUUCCAGGAGCAGUUAGGACAAGGGUGUAGUCCAGAGGAGUCAGACACAUUCCAGGCUCAAGGAUCUGAGAUUCUUGACCAGAUGCUGCAGUGCCUUGAACAUCUACCAAAGCCUAUGCCACAGUUAGAGGACUACCUGGACAUGGUGGGACUGUCAGCAAUGUUUCCUCGAGUUGAGGUGUUCCUUAUUCAAGGUAGUCCUGUUGACAUGCUGGAAAGGCCACCAAUGGAUGAAUACUACUUCCACAUUGCCAAACUGAACCAGCUCCUUGUGCUGAGUCAACAGCUAGAAGAGGAUAUCAGGCACCUUGGAAGUCAUAAGUACAUUGCCCACCAGCUCUCAGUUAUAUAUCAAGUCCUCAGCUCUUUCAGGGGAAUUCAGGUCUUCUCAGAAAUAAAGAAGGAUAUUGAGGCCAACUUCAAACAGAUGAAACAGUCUCUGGUGGUAGAGGAAGGCUCAAGGCAUGAGCCUCAGCUGGCUGUUCAUUAUAUCAACUGGAUAUUAGAAAUAACUCAAAGCUUAACAUCGAUGGUGCUGUUACUGCCAGACGAGCUGACAGAUGAUGUUCACCAGGCCGUGACCUUCGUGUCUCAGUUCCUGUCCUGACUCACGCUGAGGAACGCCUCUGUAUUUAUGAAUCCUUCUCCAGGGCUCUCCCGCUUCAAAAGCAACUGAUUAUGUUACGACCAUUAAAAGGUGCUACACAAUACGAUUCUACAGAAUAAUAGUGGGGUUGAAUAGCCCACCUGUUUAGAACCACAUAGGUUUUUUGUACAUCGUCUUUUGGAGUGCGGCCCUUGUUAGUCCCUGUGCUGAAUCGGUUGGUUGGAGCUGAAUGUAAGCUUAUUGAAUCCCAUCUUGCACUAAUGUUACAUUUUUUAAACCUAAAGCAGAAUAAUAAAACUGAAUGCAAUGAA